ACUGCUGAAUGGACUUCCGAACACAUAUGCAUACAGCAAGGCCCUUACUGAAGAUUUAAUAUGUAGAUAUGGAAAGAACUUACCCAUAGUUAUUACUAGACCAUCAAUAGUUACCGCUGCUAUCAAAGAACCUCUGCCCGGUUGGAUAGAAGGCAUUAACGGGCCAACCGGUCUAAUGAUUGGAGCAGCACGAGGCAUUAUUCGCUCAAUGCACUGCAACCCCCAAUACUCAUCGACAGUUAUACCAGUGGAUAAAGCCAUCAACGGGAUGCUGGUAGCAGGAUACAACCGUAGUAAAUCAAAAGAAAAAGAAUCCAUUGAAUUCUACAAUCUCUGUAUUUCAAAGAAAGAACUUUUUUCUUGGGGUGAAAGCAUCGAGACUGGAAAACGAUUUUUCUAUGAGUUCCCGCUAAGUUAUGCAUUGUGGUACCCAGAUGGAUCAAUAAAGAAGAGCUACUAUCAUCAUCUUUUCUGCGUGAUUUUCUUUCAUUAUAUUCCAGCAUAUCUCAUAGAUUUUUUCUUGACAAUUUUUGGACGAAAACCCUUUAUGAUACAUGUACAAAACAAGAUAUCAACAGGUCUUAACUUAUUACAGUACUACACCACUAAAGACUGGGACUUUCGCAACGACCAUUUUCAACGUUUAAGCGAUAACUUAAGUCAGACUGAUCAGGAGCUGUUUGAUACGUCACUAAGUCAAGUAAAUUGGGAACAAUACAUACGUGGAUAUAUAAUUGGCAUGCGAACAUACAUACUUGGCGAGGAUGAAGCGACUAUUCCAAAGGCGAGAAGAAUGCUGCGCAGAUUAUAUAUUCUAGAUCGCUUCACAACAUACACUUUUUACGUUUUAGCCUUUUGGUUCUUGUGGCUGAAUUUAGAAGGUUUUGUGGCGGAAAGUGAUGCGAUAAUACGGUCCUCUUUGCAAAUAAUUUACAAAGAUUAUAAUAAAACUGUUCAUACUUAGUGUCAAGGUCGACAGUUAGAA